UUAAAACCUGACUGUUUAGAACCAAUCAGGCCUCCACAACCGAGCUAGAUCAAUGCUGAUUUCGGAGAGUGUCAGCCGUAUCGAAAGUGCACAUCGGAAAGGGAAAAGUCUGUUCAGGAUUGGUAAAUAACCCAGAAUUUAUCAAACACGGCUUGAAUGAGACUAAUAAGGAGUAUUUGGACAAAAUAGCGCAAGGGAAAAUCAAGGAAAACCCGUAUAGCUACGUAUCCAAAAUUUAUGGAGAAAUCAGCCAGAGGUACAACCAAGGCUUCUACGAGCCAAGCUUCAUGUCCUCAAGUGAGUCUGAGCUAGGGGAUUAUAAGCAUGAUCCUAGAAGAUGGAGAAGGAGAAGCCCACUCAAGUCGGAUAGAGGAGAUGUGAGAACUAAGAGCAAGUGGAAAUAAAGAAAGACCUUCCGAUAUGUACUCGUUGUACAGAAGGGUCUAUAAGCUUCUCCUUGAUGGGAAAUAUGACAAGAAGAAAUAUGAGCAUGAUUAUAAUAUUAGGAGCUAUAAUGUUCUUAAUAUUAGCGUUCCUGAUGAAGUCAAGAAAAAUGACAACCUCGGAGAGCUACCACUUAUCAAGAAAUUACUUAUAUAAAAACAAAUCUUCGCAAGAAAUUCGCUAAAAACGACCAAAUCAAACUACUUUCAAAGAACAUAGAGAAUAGGGAAGAAGUCAAAGCAUGCAGGAAAAAUUCAGCUCUCAACCUCGCUUAUAUGAAUAAAAAUAAAAAAUUUCUUCGCGACUCUGAACAAGGUAGUAGGGCUAAGCGAAGAAGAGAAGGAAUCGAGAAAUUGAAGGGAAUACAAAAGGAAAAGAAAGAAAAGAUCAAACAUACAAGGCCAGGACAUAAGUUCAUGGUUAGUAAACUCUUGCAGAAGACUGAUGUUUCCUUGUUUGACUUUAAGAGAAAUCCCAAAGUUCUGUUUAAAAUUCAGAAACCCCAGAAUCAAAGAAAUAGUGUUUUAGAUGAAGCAAUGAAGGAAUUGAAGGUUAUUGAGAACCAGAUGAGUCAUAGCUCAGCUAUUCAUUUUGAUAACUAUAAACUUCCAGAUUCUAAUCAUAAAAGUUGCUAUGAUGAGAUCGUUGUUGACAGAAGCAGAGUAAAUCAAAGUGUACAAAGAGUUACUGAAUAUUCCUUUAUAGAGCAAUAAAUCUAGCCAAAAGCAGCAUGUAUGCAGUCGGAUCUAGCGAAAUAGACACUUGUCCUAGUUGUGUCAUUUCUCUAUUUUGCCGACAGAAAUUGUGUUUAUGACAAUGCUGUUCUUAGGUCAUUCUUAAUUUCAAUAAAUCAU